AUGAAACCAUCUAAACUGCAAGAUCAUCUGAAAAGAUGCCACCCUGAUAAAACAGAGAAAGAUUUGAAAUACUUUCAAACACUCAAAGAUAAAUUUCAGAAGAGACCUACACUGGACAUAAUGUUCGCUUCGACGUCACAGAGAAAUGAUGAUGGUUUGCGGGCGUCUUACAAUAUCUCGUUAAUUAUAGCAAAAUCCGGAAAACCGCAUACUAUCGGAGUGAAGUUAAUUUUGCCAGCCGUUGAAGAGGUUUUAAAAACUGUUUUACACAAACCUGCAUCUGAUAUCAUUAAAAGAAUUCCCUUAAGCAACAAUAAUGUUGAAAGACGUAUUGAUGAAAUGAGUUCUGAUAUUGAAAGCUUCUUAUGUAAUUAUUUGCAAACGACCCAUUUCUCUAUACAACUGGACGAGUCAACUUUACCUGAUAAUGCAGCAUUAUUAUUGGCAUAUGUUCGUUUUAUUAUGAAUCAAGAAAUCUACGAAGAACUGCUCUUCGCAAGAACUUUGAUAACCGACACUAAAGAUUUUGAAUCUAGGUUUGAGGAUAUUUUGACUAUGGUAAUACCACCGUGGAUAAUUAAUCCAUUUGGUGACAUAGAAGAAGCGAAUGUCAUAAUACAAGAGGAACUGACUGAACUAAGUACAAACGAAGAACUUAAGGUUCAGUUUAAAAACGGAAAUCAGCAAUUCUGGCUGCAAAACAACAUACCCGUUACUUAUCCCAAAGAGAGUCCAAAGCCCAAUGAACUUUUGUCAAUUGAAGAAGUAGGAAUAAAUAGAGCGGGGCCAUCCACAGAUACUGAUGACGAUGAAGUGAAGAAAGCCAGGAUCGAUUUGUGUUCGGCUCCGUCCGCAACCGCAGCCAGGACGGGUUAUGAUAUUGGGAAAUACGUAUGUCAUCCUCCAAGCAAUGACGAGGAAAAGCUGAGAGCAUUAAAAGAGCCUUGGAUUCCUCCGGACACAUUUAAAUUUCCAGUCACUGACACCGGUAAAAAGAAACUUUCUUUUCAACGCCAUUGGACUAACAGGUACUCAUGGCUUGUAUAUUCAAACCUCAUGCAGGGAGCACUUUGCAAAGUAUGUGUUCUACUUGGAAAAACGCAAGGUGGUCGUGGUCAUCAAGAACUUGGAGCCUUUGUUAGUAAGCCAUUUAUUAACUGGAAGAAAGCUUUAGAGAGCUUUGAUCACCAUGCAGAUACGAAGUAUCACAAAUUUGCUGUUGAGCAGGCAGCAAAUUUUGCAAGGAUCAUGGAAGGAAAAACGCUUGAUGUUACAGAAUGCUUAAAUGUAGAAAACAAUAAAAUUGCCGAAGAGAACAGAAAAAGAUUAAAAGCCAUUGUUGAAACAAUUAUUCUUUGCGGAAGGCAAGCAAUAGCACUAAGAGGAAGUCAUGAUUCUGGAGAAAUUGGGAUAAAUGAGCCUGAACAUAAUGAUGGUAAUUUUAGAGCACUUCUUCGUUUUCGUGCGCGAUCUGGCGAUGAAGCACUCAAGAAUCAUUUACUAACACAAAACAUUCACAGUAGAGCCAUGUAUACGUCAUCAGUAACUCAAAAUGAGGUGAUUGAACUAUGUGGUAGUGCUAUUCAAACGCAAGUACUUAAUAGGGUCAAAGAGGCUGGUUUUUUUACUAUACUUGCUGAUGAAACACAAGACAUUUCACGGCGAGAACAAUUAGCGUUAUGUUUACGAUAUGUACACUGCUCAUCUGGGAAAUCGGUUAUACGGGAAGAUUUUUUAGAAUUCAUUCACGUAGAAGAUGUUUCAGCUCAAGCUUUGGCAACGACUAUUAUAUCACAUCUUUUAUCAUAUAACUUGGAUAUGGAUAAAUGGAUUGGUCAAGGCUAUGAUGGCGCUGCAGUGAUGAGCGGCCGGUUACGGGGCGUAAGAACAAUAAUCUCAGAGCAAUACCCGAAGGCGCAAUUCGUACACUGUGUUGCUCAUGUCCUUAACUUAGUUUUAGCGCAUUCAUGUGAGAUACCAAUGAUACGUAACUGUAUCGGAACCAUUAAGAGCGUAAUAAACUUUUUUCGCCAAUCACCGCUUCGCGACGGACUUUUGAAGAAAAUUGCGGAUCAAAUUAACUCAUCUCAUUCAACGCUUAUCUCUCUUUGUGAGACAAGAUGGACCGAGAAACACGUGGCUGUCGAAAGAUUUGCAGAAAUGGUUCCCGUUAUACGCGAAACACUUGGGGCACUUCAAGAUGCUGCAAGCAGCGACGUCGCUACUCAAGCAUACCAUCUUCAAACCGCUAUGGAUAACAGCCAGUUUAUUGUUUCUUUAGUUAUACUGAGAAAAGUUUUUUCAUAUACAGCAAACCUUAACAAAGCAAUGCAGAAAGUCAAUGUCGAUUUGACCAACAUUUGCGAAUAUACAAAAACGGUAAAAACGACUUUACUAAAUGUUCGGAACGAAAGUCAGUUUGCAAUCCUUUUUGAGCAAGCGCAGCAGAUGAGUUCAGGCGAUAUAGUCGUGCCAAGAAUAACUGGAAGGCAAACCCUGCGCAAUAAUAUUGCAGCAGAAACUGCCGAAAUAUACUACCGACGAAAUGUGUUUUACCCUUUCAUUGAUCAUGUUAUUGCAGAACUCGACGCUCGUUUUAAACCACAUGAAUCGACGAUCGAAGGAAUUCAAAUGCUGUUACCUGAAAAAACUAGUAAUGACUCCAGGAUAAAAGAAAAUCUUGAAAAAAUUGCACAAACAUUUCUUGGUGGAGAAAAUGAAGGCACAAUAUUUCUGAGUGAAUAUGAGAUAUGGCACAAUCACUGGAAAUCUGUAGCACAAAAACCUGCAACUGUGCUUGACGCUAUCGAUAACUGCGAUGAUCAGUUCUUCCCUUCAAUAAAAAAGCUUCUAAUUAUCUUAGCCACACUCCCAGUGUCCACUGCAACCCCUGAAAGAUCUUUCUCUACCUUAAAGAGGUUAAAAACUUACCUAAGAAAUAAAAUGGGCGAUGAAAGACUUACUGGUCUGGCUUUAAUGAGCGUACACCGAGAUCUGGCGGUGCAACUAGAUUCCGAAGAAAUUAUCAAUCAGUUAGCAAUAAAACUAAUAGAUCCAAUUGGCGUUAGAGCUCUGUUUUUUUUUCACUUUGGGGACCCCUCCCUUAUCAGAGCUAUAGCUACGUCAGUUUUUAGUGACCUGGAUUUUGCUCCUUCUCAAGUAACAAACAAGGAAUAUGAUGCCAACGAAACUCAAAACCUUGCCGCUAGUAAUGGUCAAUCUGCAUCUCCAAGUUCACCUGUUGCGUCGUGUUCGAGCCAUGAAGAAACACAGCGUAACUUCGAACAUCACAUAUAG